UGGAACAUCUCAACUCUAUUGUUUUGGUAGUAGCAGCGAAGUUUUAUUUGUUGUUUUGUCAGUCCAUGUGUUCUCUGAAUUUGCAAUUAAUGUGAUGGGGAAGGCUAAAUUUCAACCUAAAUUUGCAGCAACAAAGAAAGUCAUUAGUUUAACAGAUAAUCGAAUACCAAAAAAGGACAGAGUCAUCAAAAAGAAGAAAAAAGAUGAUGAACCAAAAGUGAAAGAAGUUCCUCAGUGUUCAUCAGCUUUGUUUUUCAAGUACAAUACACAGUUGGGACCUCCAUAUCAUAUCAUUGUAGAUACAAAUUUUGUUAAUUUUUCUAUAAAAAACAAACUUGAUGUCUUCACUUCCAUGAUGGACUGUCUUUAUGGAAAAUGUAUACCAUACAUCACAGAUUGUGUGCUGGGAGAGUUGGAGAAACUUGGCAAGAAGUUCCGAUUAGCUUUAAAAAUUGUAAAAGAUCCUAGAUUUGUAAGACUAUCAUGUAUGCAUAAAGGAACUUAUGCUGAUGACUGCAUAGUGCAAAGAGUAACUCAACACAAAUGUUAUAUAGUUGCUACUUGUGAUAAAGAUCUUAAAAGGAGGAUACGAAAAAUUCCCGGUGUUCCCAUUAUGUAUAUAAAUAACCAUAGAUAUUCCAUUGAAAGAAUGCCAGAUGCUUAUGGAGCUCCACGUUUGUAAUUUGUAAAUAAAAUGUAUUUUUUAAAAA